AUAUAUCCUAACAAGAAAAUAAAACAUGGUAGGAAACACACUAGUUCUAGCAAGAGAUGCCAGUGGUGUAUGACAAUGUUUACAGGUGUAUUUUUUCUUGUUUCUUUACACAGGCGUUUUGAUGUUGCCUCAUGCACCACAUCCCUCCCCCCGCUGCCAGAGCUGAGCGCCACCACCCCUUGCCGGGGGGAAGGAGACGCCCGCGGGAAGCCUCCAUGCCUCACACUACCGCGUUUGGCGCCCCCUCCGGCCCGACAACUCAGGGCGCGGAGCAGAGAGUGUGCUGCCAUCUUGCCCGCUUCCUUGGAGAAAGCGUCUUUGCUGGAAGGUGCCCUGAUUUUUACUCGGGGCAUGGUACAUGGAAAUGGUCCUACAAGGGGGCCAAAGCCCGACACACGACCGCAGCUAAGAAAGUAAAUGGAAGGAGCCUGCCUAAGUGGAGCAGUUUAGCCACCCAGCUGCUGACAGCCGUCGAAGUGACCCUGCUCCACGCCUGAUCCUAACCAAGCGGUUGCCCACCCUUCCGGAGUGCUUAAGGCAGCCCUACUAAGGGCCCCCUCGUGCAAGCCUCGGGGUUCACCUCCACACUCCGGGGGACGCUGAGGGCAGAAAGGAAGUAUAGAGGAAGGUAGUAAAGGUGCUGCAAUGGGCGGGCUCUCAACCAAGAGGGAGAGCCCCGAUACACAAUGCAGGCAGAAAAAGCGUGGUGAGUUUCUUGUUGUAUCUGUACUCUGCGAGUUCUGUGCGCGAGGUCCUGUGUGUGUUCUGUCCCUUCGAAGACCUGGAACCGUUCACCGCGGACGCGACAAGGUGGAAGCGAAGAGGAUAUCCAGGCAAAAAUAUACGCCUGUAUAUUUACGGCAAAGGCGUUGGCAGGUGGGGAUCAUCGCCAGCUUCAAGAAUUGAUCCCUCUCAUCCUGGAGCACAACGGCCUGCCAGCAGUUUACAUCCCCAAAAGCGCCUUGCCUGCCAACACCCGCGCCAACCCAAGGCUCUCCCGGCGAGGUCUUCCCGGAGCUAUGGGGAAGACAAAGGAGUCUCCCGUGGCUGCUCAAAACACCCAACAGCCAACAACAGGAGCAGAAGCAGAGAAGACGGGAGACAAACCCCGGAACUGGAAGGAGACGCAAGACGACGUGCCGGGGGAAGAGGAAGAGGAAGAAGAAGAAGAAGACGAAGAUGACGACGACGACGACGACGACGAAGAAGACGACGAGGAGGAGGAUGAGGAAGUGGACGUCCUGGGUAGCGGAAGUGAAGGGGAGGCUACUUCCCCCCGGGCCGGCAAGCCAAAUCUCCCCUCCGACCCCCAGUCCCUCUCCGGCAAGCAGGAAGACGACGGUUGGGUCACUAAGACGAAGCGGCGACGAAAGCCUUCACCUAAUGCCUUUAGGUGGGUGAUUCCGAAGGCCGAGCGGAAGACCACGCCAGCAAUUGCCCUCCGUGAGUCGCCCACCAUCACCAAGUUAAGGCGAGAGGAACGGACGGGGAAAGUCCGCGAAGACGUGCUGUCCGGCGUCUACAUCCAUGAGGAAAAUCGCUUCGUGGGCAACAUCAAAGGGUACACAGGAUUCGGUGGUUACUUGAGCCACCCGUACCCUAAAGAGAGCAGUGCACCGCAAAAGUGAGGUUAAACGUCACUGUGUCAGACUUGUGCCUGGAUGGGUGACCGGUUGGGCGAGUGACGUUAAGCAACGCUGCGUCCGUUCAAACCUGGACGGGUGACCAUCUUCUUCUAUUAUUCAUAUUUAUGUAAUUAUGUAUUUAUUUAAUGUUUUUUCCCCCUUUAUAUGAAUGUGAUUAUGUAUUUAUUUAGUAUU